AUGAAUGUCAGUAAUUCCCAACAAUUUUAUAACACAGAAGUAUCCCAGUUACCUAUGGAUAAUUCUCAACAGCAACACGUCACGUCACCACAAUCUCAACACCCAACACUUCAACAGCAUCAGCCAAUAGAGUCUACUACAGAUCCCACCGUAAAAUCUGAACACGAGAAUCAAGUUGGUGAGGCCUCAAAUGUAAUGAAAGAAGCAGAUACAAAGAAAAAGAGAAAUGGACCGAAAAGAAGAAAAGUUACUCACGGUCGUCCUUGUCAACGUUGUAUAAAAAGAAGUAUAGGACACCUUUGUCAUGAUGAACCCAAAGGCACACACAAUGCACAACAAAUGACUGGAGGAACUAAUGCGAUACAAGCUAACCUUAUGUCAAUGCAACAAAUUCCACAGGAUGUAUUAAGACCUGGAGGAAAUUAUCCCAAUUUACCAAUGCAGGCGUUCCCACAGAUCACAGCAUAUUCGCAAUUACCUACACCUCUAACGUUUGCGAGCGAGCACAUGGGGCAUGAAUUCACCGUGCUUACUGACUUUUUGGAAAGUGUUGAUGGAAAUCAUCAAAAUCUUCACAAUUCCAGCGGCGGAACCCUGAUAGACACUACCGACAAAUUUCUUUUGACUGCGGCGGAUCCAUCGGAUGUAUUCAGUUCUAUGGGUAUUCCAGCUUGUUUAUGGCGAAGAACUGGAGAGAUAUAUAAAGGGAAUAAAGAAUUCGCAUCACUUGUAGGCGUAACAGCGGAAAUGCUAAGAGAAGGUCGACUUUGUAUAUAUGAGUUGAUGGUGGAAGAAUCAGCUGUGAAUUAUUGGGAGACCGGUAUGUUACAUUUCAUUGAUGUAAUUAUAAUUCCAGUAAUUUAUUUCUAA